AUGGACAAGCUCGCUGAGGUGUUUAACAGGCAUCUCACUCAUGCACAUUACAAUGUGAUGAGCCAGAUCCAUAACACCCGGAUGUCCCAAGGGGUUUCAGUGAUGGAUCAUAUCAUGAAAAUGAUAAAUCUAUUUGAGAAGCUCAAGUACAUGGGGAUGGCAUUCAAUUUAUUGUACAAGACGAAUGUUAUCUUAAAUUCUCUGCCCACUACUUGUGCUCAUUUUUGCAUGUCUUACAAUAUUAGUAAUAAGGACUUAGAGCUCACCGAGCUGGCCAAUGUUCUGGUAGAGGCAGAGAAGACCCUAAAGGAUAAUAAGCUAGAAGUCAAUACCACAGAUGCUAAGCCUUAUUCCAAAGGAAAAAGAAGAAAAAGGAUAGUAAGGGGAAAGCCCUAA